GCUCGGUGUUCGUGCACGCCUGUCCACUGGCCCCUCCCCCAAAGGCCCUUCAGUAUGCUGUUUCGCAGUCUGUUGUCAACGGCUGUCCUAGCCGUCUCGCUGUGCACGGAUAAUGCUUCGGCUGCUAAACAUGGUCGAUUUGGCCAAAAAGCUCGCGACGCCAUGAACAUCGCGAAGCGUUCCGCUAACGCCGUGAAACACUCGUUGAAGAUCCCUGUCGAGGACUAUCAGUUCUUGAACAACAAGACUAAGCCUUACCGCGUGGAAAGCCUGCCUGAUGUUCACUUCGAUCUGGGCGAGAUGUAUUCCGGCUUGGUCCCUAUUGAGACGGGCAACGUGUCACGGUCCCUUUUCUUUGUCUUCCAACCCACUAUUGGCGAGCCUGUGGAUGAGAUCACCAUCUGGCUGAAUGGUGGCCCUGGUUGCAGUUCCCUUGAGGCCUUCCUCCAGGAGAAUGGUAGAUUCGUGUGGCAGCCUGGAACCUACCAGCCUGUUGAGAACCCAUACUCGUGGGUGAAUCUCACCAAUGUUCUGUGGGUUGAUCAACCUGUGGGGACGGGAUUUUCUCUGGGAGUCCCAACGGCUACGUCCGAGGAGGAGAUUGCUGAAGACUUUGUGAAGUUCUUCAAGAACUGGCAGCAGAUCUUUGGGAUCAAAAACUUCAAGAUCUAUGUUACUGGAGAAAGUUAUGCGGGCCGUUAUGUUCCUUACAUAUCCGCUGCUUUCCUGGAUCAGAAUGAUACAGAACACUUCAACCUGAAAGGUGCACUGGCAUAUGAUCCCUGUAUUGGUCAGUUUGACUACGUGCAGGAGGAAGCACCUGUUGUUCCCUUUGUCCAGAAGAACAAUGCCCUCUUCAAUUUCAAUGCAAGCUUUUUGGCGGAACUAGAGAGCAUCCAUGAGCAAUGUGGAUACAAGGAUUUCAUCGACCAGUAUCUUGUCUUCCCAGCAUCCGGUGUCCAGCCACCAAAGGCUAUGAACUGGAGCGAUCCCACCUGUGAUGUUUAUGACAUCGUUAAUAACGCCGUCCUGGAUCCCAACCCGUGCUUCAACCCCUACGAAAUUAACGAGAUGUGCCCCAUUCUCUGGGACGUUCUUGGAUUCCCCACCGAAGUCGACUAUCUCCCUGCGGGCGCCAGCAUCUACUUUGACCGCGCUGAUGUUAAGCGUGCCAUGCACGCUCCUAACAUCACCUGGUCCGAGUGCUCGGUGGAGAGCGUCUUUGUCGGGGGCGACGGCGGUCCCGAGCAGGAGGGCGACUACUCGGCCAACCCCAUCGAGCAUGUCUUGCCGCAGGUCAUCGAAGGCACCAACCGAGUUCUGAUCGGUAACGGUGACUAUGACAUGGUCAUCCUUACCAACGGCACCCUUCUCUCGAUCCAGAACAUGACAUGGAAUGGAAAGCUUGGAUUCGACACGGCCCCCAGCACCCCCAUCAACAUCGACAUCCCUGACCUGAUGUACAAUGAAGUGUUCAUUGAGAACGGCUAUGACCCACAAGGUGGUCAGGGUGUCAUGGGCAUCCAGCACUAUGAGCGUGGUCUCAUGUGGGCUGAGACCUUCCAGAGCGGACAUAUGCAGCCCCAAUUCCAACCCAGAGUGUCAUACCGUCACCUUGAGUGGCUGCUUGGUCGGCGGGAUACCCUGUAAGGCGGGUAAGCUACCAGGGGGGACGAUGUCACGAUGAUAGUCAUAAGUUAUGAUUUGUAGAUACGUUGUAUGCGAAUGUACAUGAAGUGCUUUUACUGGCAGUUUCUUAAAGUAACAUCCACAGUAGAGUACUGACCUACUUGCCCUCUCUUUCCCUAUCUUUUCAACCUGAAGACCGGAAGAAUUGUAACUAAUAAGCAUAACGUAGCUGAUUUGAAGCACAACAUAACACACUCUACCCCUCGGCACUUCUACUUAUGACGCUAUUUGACUGCUAACUCGGGUUUUAAUCCUGAAGCUGCAGUCCAAUCGUACAUUAAACUCAAUGUGCCUUGCCCAAGAAACGAUAUUUGAC